ACUGGGUUCACAUGUUUAUAGUCCAGCAUAAUAUGUCAAGUUGUCAAACAAAAAUACAGCUCUCAUUGUUUGGGAAAAGCAAAGGAUUGGAAUAACCACAAGGUAUGCCAGAAACUCCAUUAAUUCCUGCAGCAGUUCUUGAAAAUCUUGCUGAACAGCUUUACGAGAAGCGCAAGAGUGCUUCGAUCGAGGUGGAAAACACGGUCAAGCAAUACGCCGUUGCAGGAGAACAUGAGAAAAUUGGGGGUUUGAUCAAUGUUUUGAUUUCUGAUUUUACCAAUUACCCUGAACCCAAUCACAGAAAGGGAGGAUUAAUAGGCCUUGCUGCUGCAACAGUUGGUUUGAGUACACAGGCUACUCCAUAUCUUGAGAAAAUUGUACCACCUGUGUUAAGUUGCAUCACUGACCAAGACAGCAGAGUUCGCUUUUACGCAUGUGAAGCACUUUACAACAUUGCAAAGGUUGUGAGAGGGGAUUUAUUUGUAUUCGCUCCUCAAAUCUAUGAAGAGCUCGAUAGACUGGCAAUGGACUCAGAUCCUAAUGUGCAGAGUACUGCACGUCUCUUGAAUCAACUUGUUAAGGAUAUAAUAGCAGAAUCUGAGAAGUGAAUGUAAAUGUUUGAAAUCCCUCCUUUGCUGUAAACAAAUAAGGAGGAGAAGAAGAUGAAGAUGAAUGAACAUCAAAGACUAUUUGUUGAAGUCAAUCAGUAUAUUUGUUGUUCUUACCGUCUCUGUUUCCAGAAAAUUGUAUUCACUUGGCUAAUGUUGCUUCCAGUAAAUUCCACAUUGCAUUGUGUUGGGGGGAAAAAUGAAGUGGUAUAGCUAGUAGAUUCAAAAUUUUCCUUGUGACUAAAUUUCUUAUUGCGCUCAAUUUUUUAUUU